CCAGAAAGCACCCUGGUGAGGCCGAGGGAGAUAAGCCAGAGCCUCAGUGUGGAAAUAAUUCCCACUGGCAGGUCGGGAGGCCUUGGACGGAGCCACAGCGGCUUCUUCAAUCUGGAUGUGUCACAUGGAACAAAAGCUGUAGGGGUUUUAUUUAGCUCCUAAUCCGCUGAGCGAGCCUCAGCCCAGGGCCAUGUGAGCCCAGCAGGCGGGGCUGUGGACUGGGGCAGCCUCCUCUCUGGAACUGAAAAGAAAGGACCUGUCCACCACUGCUGGGGAGGGAGGCAAAGGUCCCGUGAGUACUGUGUGUUGCCCUCUAAGGUUUCGAGGAUUAAUAAUUUAGGCUGUCCUUUGCAAUAGGAAACCUGCAGUCGGUUGUUCCUGCCAGCUUGAGAGGGCUCGACACAGCCGCUCGGUUUUUUGAUGUAUGUAAUUGAAGAUUUGUACGUAGAGACCUCCUCUGCCUGGGCCGCAUCGCUCUGUGCCCAUGCCCGUGCCCAGCAGGCAUGUCGGCAUCGGCCGUUCUCAGAGCUGGGAUGCUGGCAGCUGGUACGAGGGCCCCUGGGAGAUGGCUGAGGCUCCGGGCCGGAGCAGCUCCCUGACGGAUGGAGGCAGAGAGGGGCCCUGGUACGAGGCCGCGCCCGACCUGUGCCGCGAGGCCUUCUACAGUGCGGUUGCUGGCAGGAAGAGCUCCGUCCCCGACUUCACCUUUUACGACAGCAGGCAGGCGGUGAUGUCUGCGAGGGCUGCCCUUCUGCCGCGGGAUCACUACGGCGACCCUCCUGGAGCCGCCCAGGUGCCUAGGGAGCUGCGCCACCACAGGGACCCCGGAGCUGGCCGCUCGCUGCCCGGCUAUGGUGUGCUCGGCAACAGGGUGACUUGGGAGCAAGUGCAAGGCCGGGCCCCUGCCCCUCAGGACACAGCUCACCUGUACCGGGAUCCCGCAGGUAAAAUGAUCUCUCUGGGGCAACGGACACAGAGCAGGGCGCCAUCGCCCGCGCGCUAUGCCGGGGAGCUGGCCCACGGCAGGUACGGGGCGGAGGCGCCCAGCUACCCCACUGGGCAGGUCUACAGCGAAGUCGGUGAGAGGCCUGUGGACCCUGCCCCCCCCAGGCAGGCGGCACCCACGUGCCUGGUCGUGGACCCCGCUGGGGCUACUGCCUCUGAAGGAGGCCCAGGGGCGGCCCUGGGCACCCUAAAUCGAGGCUACGGGCAGGAGAGCAUUCCCUCCAAGAUGACUUAUGAGAAUUGUGAGGCCGACCUGACCUUCCAGGGGCCCGCAGGCAAGAGGAACGCGCCGCCCGAGUUCCUGGCCCUGCUCCGGGCCGAGGGGGUGGCGGAGACCACGCUGGGGGCCCUGCUCCAGCAAGGCUUUGACUGCCCGGCCGUCCUGGCCACGAUGGAGGACGCCGACAUCAAGUGUGUCGCCCCCAACCUGGGCCAGGCCCGCGUCCUGAGCCGCCUGGCCAGCAACUGCAGGACCGAGAUGCAGCUGCGGAGGCAGGCCCAGGGGGGGCCCCUGCCCCGGACACGCUCCAGCAGCUUCAGCCACCGCAGUGAACUCUACGGCGACCUGUCUUCUCUGGGCGCCACUGGCCUACAGCCCCAGCCUGUGGGUCCCCUGCAGGCAGCCCCCCCUCGAGCUGGAGACCCGGCUCGCCGCCCCUCCAGUGCGCCCUCCCAGCACCUUCUAGAGACAGCAGCCACUUACUCUGCCGGGGUGGCCGCCCAAGCCUCCCACUUCCCCUCCAACUCCGGGUACAGCUCUCCCACCCCUUGUGCCCUGACGGCGCGGCUGGGCCCCACGUACCCCCCGCAGGCAGGAAUGGCCUUGACGAACCCGGGCCCCGGGCCCCCCCUUCACCCAGGCCCCAGAACAGCCUACUCCACGGCGUACACGGUGCCCAUGGAGCUGCUGAAGCGGGAGCGGAGCAUGGCCGUGUCGCCCCUGCCCAGCCCCCACGGCGGCGCCCAGCUCCUGCGGAAGCCUGGCGUCCCCCUGGAGCCGUCCACCCUGUCACCAGCCAACCAGAGCCUCCACAUGCCUCACUCGCCCUACCAGAAGGUGGCCCGGCGGACGGGGGCCCCCAUCAUCGUAUCUACCAUGCUGGCUCCAGAACCAAGUAUCCGCCCUCAGAUCAUGAACGGCCCCCUGCACCCCCGCCCCCUGGUGGCACUGCUGGAUGGCAGAGACUGCACUGUGGAGAUGCCCAUCCUGAAGGACCUGGCCACUGUGGCUUUCUGUGAUGCACAGUCCACACAGGAGAUCCACGAGAAGGUGCUGAACGAGGCCGUGGGCGCCAUGAUGUACCACACCAUCACCCUCACCAGGGAGGACCUGGAGAAGUUCAAGGCCCUGCGCGUGAUCGUGCGGAUAGGCAGCGGCUACGACAACGUCGACAUCAAGGCUGCCGGCGAGCUGGGGAUCGCUGUGUGCAACAUCCCGUCGGCAGCGGUGGAAGAGACAGCCGACUCCACCAUCUGCCACAUCCUGAACCUGUACCGGAGGAACACGUGGCUGUACCAGGCGCUGAGGGAAGGCACACGAGUGCAGAGUGUCGAGCAGAUCCGGGAGGUCGCCUCGGGAGCUGCCCGCAUCCGCGGGGAGACGCUGGGCCUCAUUGGCUUCGGUCGCACUGGGCAGGCGGUCGCUGUUCGAGCCAAGGCCUUUGGAUUCAGCGUCAUCUUUUAUGACCCCUACUUGCAGGAUGGGAUAGAGCGGUCCCUGGGCGUGCAGAGGGUCUACACCCUACAGGACUUACUCUAUCAGAGUGACUGCGUCUCCUUGCACUGUAACCUCAACGAGCAUAACCACCACCUCAUCAAUGACUUUACCAUAAAGCAGAUGAGGCAAGGGGCGUUCCUGGUGAACGCGGCCCGCGGCGGGCUGGUGGACGAGAAAGCCUUGGCCCAGGCUCUCAAGGAGGGCAGGAUACGAGGGGCGGCCCUCGACGUGCACGAAUCGGAGCCGUUCAGCUUUGCUCAGGGGCCCUUGAAAGACGCACCGAAUCUCAUCUGUACGCCCCACACAGCCUGGUAUAGUGAACAAGCCUCACUAGAGAUGAGGGAGGCCGCGGCCACCGAGAUCCGCCGGGCAAUCACAGGUCGCAUCCCUGAAAGCCUAAGAAACUGUGUGAACAAGGAAUUCUUCGUCACAACAGCUCCCUGGUCAGUAAUAGACCAGCAGGCGAUUCAUCCAGAGCUCAAUGGUGCCACUUACAGAUACCCGCCGGGCAUCGUGGGCGUGGCCCCGGGCGGGCUUCCUGCUGCCAUGGAAGGGAUCAUCCCCGGAGGCAUCCCGGUGACUCACAACCUCCCCACAGUGGCACACCCUUCCCAAGCGCCCUCUCCCAACCAGCCCACAAAACACGGGGACAAUCGAGAGCACCCCAACGAGCAAUAGCAGAGGAUGACAAAGGGUCGGAUGAACCUGGGACCAAGGACAGUGGAAAACAGAUGAACUAAGAGAGGAACGUGGCGUCUUUUUAACUGGCCUGGACAAGCGCACCAUGGACACUGCAGUGCUAAGACUACGAGAGCACGAGGCCGAAAACGUGGGAGGGAAGAUGCCUCUCGCGGAGGCCCGGAGACACGGACGUGAUUUAUUAACGACCAGCUUCUGUUAUUGUGUGUUAAGUUUUUCAUCUGUGCAUCAAAUCACAAAGAAUAAAUAGAUCUUUUUCCUUUAUCAGUCCCUUGGGCACAGCAGGUCCUGAACACCUUGCUAUAGAAUGUUGCGUCGAGAGUCCCAAACGUCAAAAUAAAAAAUAUUGAGAGGCAAUCCCCAUCCUGUGACUCUAGUCCCUUUGGUCCACGGGGCUGGUUACCUCUUUUGCUAAUAGGAAGAUUAAAUUACCGCAAAACGGGGAGAGAACUGUGUGCCUGUGUAAACUGCAAGCACAGGAUGGAAGACAGUCCGGCUCCUGUACAGAGAAGCCUCCCAUCUGAACUGCCUACUGGGCGGGCGAGUUGGUUGUGAGUUAAGUGAUACCCUCAAAUGAUGCAAAAAAAGAAAAAAAAAGUAUUACGUUUCACAAGCUGUUUGUACUCAAAUAUAUUUUCUCAGUUCAGAUCCUCAGCUAUUUUAUUGAGUGGAAGUCUUGAGCUGAAAGGCUCGAGAAUGAUGUCGCAUUUCCUUAUGUCUCAGGAAACACUUUUUAUGGUAACUUGUCAGAUUGUCUAUGAACAAACCCACUUUUUUAGACAUUGAUAAAUUCUUUUCUUCACGUGAUAUUUUAUACAAGAACACUUCAGGUGUGUUAUUAGAUGUGACUGAUUUUAACAAAUCCAAUUAGAUUUGUAUCCACUAGUUACAUGUUAUACUCAUAGUCUUUUGUGAAUCAUCGCCUUUGUUUGGAAGAUGGCCUAUUUUGAGCCUUUGUAUAGGUACAUUCCUGUUUUUGUGACAAAAACCUUUAAAACUGUCCCAAACAGAAAAAUAAUGGCUAUCAGAAAUGUUCUGUUUUAGUGUGAGUUACCGUUACUGUAUUUGUUUAUUGUAAAGGUGGACAUUUAGCGUUCAGUGCAGUUUUCAAUAAAAAGUAAUAAAAAGUUCUGUUCUGAAAUUCA